AUGCAACAUCAACAAAGCAACACCCACAGUAGAAAUACAACAUCAUCACCAGAGACAACGCCAACAAUAGAGAUAACACCAACAAUAGAGACAACACCAACAAUAGCGACAAUUCCAAUAGUUAAGACACCACCAGAAGUAGAGCCAACACCAGAAGUUAAGACAACACCAGAAGUAGAGACAACACCAGAAGUCAAGACAACACCAGAAGUAGAGCCAACACCAGAUGUAGAGACAACACCAGAAGUAGAGACAACACCAGAAGUAGAGACAACACCAGAAGUAGAGAAAACACCAGAAGUUAAGACAACACGAGAAGUUAAGACACCACCAGAAGUAGAGACAACACCAGAAGAAGCGACAACACCAGAAGAAGAGACAAUACCAACAAUAGCGACAACAUCAAUAGUAGAGACAGAGAGAAGUGGUCGCGACUAUUACACGCGCAGCAGCCGUAGCACCGAUAAUAGUAUAGCUGUUAAUGAAGAUACAGAUACAACACAAAUAGCAGACGCAGAGCCAAAUGCCGGGCCUAGAGACACCGGACCAGAGAAGGGCAACUCUGAUAGCAGUACCGUUAACAAUGGAUCUGGUAGUGGAAACAGUACAGCAGAAAAUAGUUACGAAAAUCCCGUCGCCAGAACAACAGCGAUUAACAAGCCCCCGUUAACUGGAUGA